GCACCUUUUAUAUAAACAGCCAAAUUGGAGAGUUUAGUUGCUUCUUGUUUAUUCAACAGGGGAGAACUUCUCAGUAGCUACAGUUCGCAACCAAAUGGCAGAAUCAACGAAGAGGUACGCAGUCGUUACAGGUGCGAACAAGGGGAUUGGGUUUGAACUAUGCAGGCAGUUGGCUUCAAGCGGAAUUGUGGUUGUGCUGACAUCUAGAGAUGGAAAAAGAGGGCUUGAAGCAGUUCAAAAGCUCAAAGACUCUGGUCUGUCUGAUUACAUAACAUAUCAUCAGCUUGAUGUCACCAAUCUCCCUAGUGUUUUAUCCCUCGCAAAUUUCAUUGAGACCCAAUUUGGAAAGCUAGAUAUAUUGGUGAACAAUGCCGGGGUUCUUGGAGGCACUAUAAAUAGAGAGGCCCUAAGGGCUUCUGAUUUUAUUAAGGAACAGGACGCUGCUAAAGUCAAUUGGAGUGAUAUUUUUCUACCGUCUUAUGAAGCAGCCAAAGUAUGCGUCGACACCAAUUACUAUGGGGUGAAAAGAAUGGUAGAUGCUCAUAUCAGCCUCCUCCAAAAGUCCGAUUCGCCAAGGAUCGUGAACGUCUCCUCUAUCAUUGGGAAGCUCCAGUAUGUGUCUAAUGAAUGGGCCAAGGGAGUUUUGAGCGACAACGAGAAUCUCACAGAGGAUAAAGUGGACGAGGUCGUGAACGUUUACCUUGAGAAUUUCAAGAAUAGUUCAUCUGCAGUCCCGCCUCCUUAUAUCAUCUCCAAAGCAGCCUUGAAUGCCUACACUAGGAUCCUCGCCAAGAAGUUCCCGGGUUUCCUCGUCAACUGUGUGUGCCCCGGCAAUGUGAGAACAGACAUCAACGACCACACAGGCAUCUUGUCCGUCGAAGAAGGUGCGGAGAGUCCACUGAAGUUGGCACUUUUGCCCAAGGGGGGUCCUACAGGUUGUUUCUUCAUUAGGAAGGAACAAUCAGGAUUUUGAUGGAAGGUGACUUAUCCUCUUCUGGCUGUUAGGAAACUGGAUCCAGACGAAUAAAUGUGUAGUUAACGAACAUUAGGCGAACCUAAUGCCGGUAUUAAAAUGCCCAGUAUGCAAUCAACAUGAAAUGACAGGACAUGCGUGGUUCUUGCAUGUCUGCCGCAGGGUUGUUUCCUGCAUCCUUUUUACCAUGAGCCUGGAACGGUCAAUUUACACAAAAUAAAGUCGAUCGUCUUCCUUCUGAGCGUGGUUACUGGUGCGUGUGUAUAAUCACUUUGUAGUCCAUUGUCUAUUCUAUAGUAUGUUGUUCUUUUGUGUCA